AUGGCCGAAGCUACCCGUGUCGCCGUCCCCGACUCCGUCCUCCUCGCCAGCCUCCCCUCCACUGCUCCCUCCUCUUCUCCGCCAAAGCCGCCAAGGGCCUCACCUUUGCCGACCUCGCCGCCCGCCUCGACCGCUCCGAAGUCGCCAUCGCCGCCCUCUUCUACGGCCAGCUCCCCGCCUCCCCGCCGACGUCGACGCCCUGUCCGCCGUCCUCGACAUCCCCGCCGACACCCUCGCCGCCUCCGGCGUGACCGGGUUCCCCGACCGUGGCCGCGCCGGGCCCAUGCCCCCACCGAACCCUUUGUCUACCGCCUGUACGAAAUCGUCCGCAACUACGGCUACGCUUUCAAGGCCGUGUGCAAUGAAAAGUUUGGCGACGGCAUCAUGAGCGCAAUUGCCUUUUCCACCAAGGUCGAGAGGGAGGACGAUGACCAGGGUGUUGCUUGGGUUGUCAUUACCCUACGGGGCAAGUGGUGA